AUACAAAAAUGGCUAGUCAAGAAGUAGAAACCAUAGAAAAGGCUGAAAAGCCUAAUACUAAUGAUGCAACAGAAGUAUCCGGCAGCGCUGUGGAAUUGCGACGAGAAUUAGGGUUGUUCUCUGCCGUUAAUUUGAUUCUCGGUGUCAUGAUCGGCUCUGGUAUUUUUGUAUCGCCAGCAUCAGCAUUAGAAAACUCAGGUUCCGUGGCAUUAUGUUUAAUCAUAUGGACUGUUUCUGGAAUUAUAUCAUUAUUAGGAGCAUUAGCGUUUGCAGAAUUAGGAACUGUUGUAAACAAGUCUGGUGCUGAAUAUUCGUAUUUUCAAGAAGCAUUUGGAAAAACCCAUAAAUUUUGGGGUCCUUUGCCAUCGUUUAUAUGUGCUUGGAUAUAUGUUGUUAUAUUGAGGCCAGCUGAAGUAGCUAUUAUAGUAAUGACAUUCGCUGAAUAUGCAAUUCAACCAUUUACUACUAAUUUACAGCCUGACUACAAAGCCACAGCAAUUAAACUGGGGUCACUGGCAGCUUUAUUUAUAAUGACAUACAUUAACAUAACGAGCGUCAAGCUAUUUGUAAAGGUACAGAAUAUAUUUGGAGUUUGCAAAGUAUUCGCUUGUCUCAUUGUAAUCGGCGGAGGCCUUUACGAAAUUAUAAGAGGUAACACUGAUAAUUUAAAUAAAGGUUUUGAGGGUAGUACGUUUAGUCCGGGCGGUAUAGCUCUUGCGUUAUAUUCUGGUUUAUGGGCAUAUGAUGGCUGGAACAGUGUGACCGUGGUAACAGAAGAAAUUAUCAACCCUGGCGUUAACGUUCCGCUCAGUAUAUCAAUCGCUGUGCCUCUGAUAACCGCUCUGUAUGUCUUCAUGAACGUAGCAUACAUGUCUGUACUAACGUACGCAGAAAUGGUAUCCGUGCCAGCAGUAGCGGUAACAUUUGGAACUAGAGUAUUGGGACCAGCCAGCUUUUUAAUACCGCUUGGUGUUGCCAUAGCUACGUUUGGUUGUGCAAUGAGCGUACAGUUUGGUGUUACCAGAGUAUGUUACACAGCAGCAAGAAGUGGUCACAUGCUGGAAGUGUUUUCAUAUGUUAAUGUAAAGAGAUUGACGCCGGCACCAGCGGUCGCAUUCCAGGCAAUUCUUACCUCGAUAUUUAUACUUGUUGGCAACAUUAAAACUCUAAUAGAGUUCGCCAGUUGGUUCCUAUGGUUCUUCUAUGGACUAGCAAUGGUUGCGCUACUAGUGUUAAGGAAAACACAAGCGGACAAACCCAGACCGUAUAGAGUGCCAACGAUAGUGCCGUGCUUUGUAUUGCUAGUAGCGAUAUUCCUGUCAAUAUUGCCAAUCGUCCACGAUCCGUCCGUCAAAUAUUUAAUGGCUAUCGGUUUUAUUGUGCUGGGCAUUAUUGUGUACACGACGUUUGUCUAUUACAAAAAGACACCCACCGCCUUAUUAAAUAAAUUUACAUUCCUAACGCAAGUGCUUUUCGAAAGUGUGCCGCCUAGCAACCACGAAGACUGAUUUUAAUUGAUUAAUUACAUAUUGUAAAUAAAAUAUAGUACAUAGAAUAACAGCAGAAACAAAUUACAUUAUA